AUGGGAUCGCUGUUUUGUGAAAGGUGUUCCCGAUUGCUCCAAUGCUUCACCGAACGUCUGAGGAAAGUUUGGACAGAAUUCGAGCUCAAAAUCCAGGAAUUCUUUAGGGAAAUUGCCCAUUGCACCUGCUUUGGAGAUGCACCUGACAGGAGAAGGGCUCAGGAUUUAUCAUCAUUACAGCUCAUACAUGGUGAUGAAAUUCAGAUAUUCAAUCAAAGAAGCCUCCAAGCGCUGGACCGACUUUCAGUUUCUCAAAAUGCUGAUCUGCAAAUGACUGCUGCCAUAUAUUACCUUUACAUCAGCCAUAACUUGAAAUCCCCUUUACCAGAUGCCUUCAUAGAACCCAUCAUGGCUCUUCUUUUAUCCCCUCAUCUGGACGUUCAGAAGACAAUUUCCUUUGCCCUGGUCAACCUCUUAGUGAAAAAUAAUGUGUGUAAAGCAUCAGUGAUCGAGAUGGGGAUGUUGGUGCCGCUGUUGGAGUUGUUCCAGUCUGGUGAUCCCACUGCUCUUUGCCACUCCUGUGCCUGUGUAACCCUGCUGGCCUCCUCAGACUCAAACCGAGACGCCAUAUUGGUGGAUGGAAUCAUACCUUUAUUAGCUUUGGCUAAAUCCUACGAUCCAGCGGUACAGGAGAACGCAGCAUGGGCUCUGUUGCAACUCACCCAGUCAGAUUGGUCCACAAGGAUUCUCUGUCAUGCAGGUGCCAUCCCUGUCUUGGUUCUUCUGCUGCAGUCCUCCAAUUCAGAAGUUCAGUUUUACAGCUGCACAGCUCUAUGCAACAUUGCUGCUGUUCAAGAGCAUCACCCAAAGUUGCUAAACAUCGGAGGUCAUUAUUUGUCCAAGUCACUUCUGACACUCAUGUCUUCCUCGGUACAAAAGAAUUCUGCCCAAGCAUGCAGAUGCCUUCUAACCCUUUUAAAGAAUGUUUGGGUCCAGGAACAGAUCAUGGAACUUAACUGUGUGUUUCCUCUGAAGGCUCUGCUCAGAAGUCUGAAUUCUGCAUGGAUAGAUUCUGCUUUAGCACUGCUGUGUCAACUGUCUGCACACCCACCAAACUGUGUUAUCCUGAUGGGUGAAGGGCUGUUGAGGGAAUUUGGUGAUCUGCUUCAUCAUCCAAGAUCAAACUCUUUUCAGAUCUCACAAAGUUGCAAGAUCAUUACUGACCUGUGCAGUGCCUGCUUGGAUGAGCAGGCUGUGGUGGAAAGCCGAUGUUUAUCCGGUUUGCUCCGAGUACUUCUGUCUCCAUCGCUGUCAGAUGAGGCGCUGCUAAAUAUUAUGAUGUGUCUACAUCGCCUGAUGACCUGGGAAGGGCUGAAGUCCAAAUUGUCGACAUCUGUAAUGCCACAGCACGUUUGGAAACUGGUAGAGCUUUCUGGACAAACAAGAAAUACCCGGUUGUCCUACCACUCUGCAGCCGUCCUCCACAUGUUUGAACUGACGGACGAUUUCCUUCAGCUGCUAAGGCCUCAUUACAGUGCAGUGUCUAAAUAUCUGUUGCUGUUCCUCAAACAGAAAGAUGUUAAAUUCCAGCAGCUUGGCGUUGCUACCAUUGCCAAACUCAAACAGGAUGGAGAGUUUUUAACUAUGGCGACUGAUGGUGAGCUGCAGGCUCAGCUCUGGAACCUUCAUGCACAGACGGAGGAGAUGCGACAGCUGCUGCAAAUGAUUCAGCCUCCCUCUCCAUCAUCUGGGUCACCUUUCCCUUGACCUGCUCUGUACAUCGUACAGAAAGUACGAGGUGUUUACUU